AAAAAAUUGACUAUCCCUCUAGUAGCUUAAGGUAGAAGAGUUGGUGGUUAAUAAUUCAGCAUGGAUAAUGUAUAUAUGCAUGUGUAUAGAUUGUGCAACAUGUACAUGGGUUUCUAUGUUUCUUCUUUUAUCUUGUUUGUUUUUGAUUAGGUUUGAUUUGUGAAUUGUGUUUUAUGACGUGAUUUUGUAGAGUUCUGAGAAGCCGUAGUGUUGGAGAGUAUUGUUGGCAGGGAUUUUCUGCUAAGGGGUAGAUAUUGACACAAAGAAGGAUGGCAACAUUUGAACUCUAUCGUAGGUCCACCAUUGGCAUGUGCUUGACCGAAACAUUGGAUGAGAUGGUUUCGAAUGGGAUUAUGAGUCCUGAACUUGCUAUCCAAGUCCUUGUUCAGUUUGACAAGUCAAUGACUGAAGCUCUGGAAGCCCAAGUUAAGAGCAAGGUGACCAUUAAGGGGCAUCUGCACACCUACAGAUUCUGUGACAAUGUUUGGACGUUCAUCCUACAAGGUGCAUCAUUCAAGACUGAGGAAAGCCAGGAAACUGUUGGUCAGGUUAAGAUCGUGGCAUGUGACUCAAAGCUGCUCACGCAAUGAGAUUCCACAGAUUAACGGAACAGUGUGUCCAAAAAAGGAGAGUCAGUUUAUUAUUCUCAUGGUAGCAGAAGUGGAUAAAGCGAAGAAAAUGGAGGUUAGUCAGAACAAGUUUCAGUUGCAGACGUUGCGGGAAGAAUGAAGACAAUUCAUAGAACCCAUCAACACCCGACUGACAACUACUAUUAUCUGAUGGAUGUUGCUCGGAUCAUGGAUUAAUUUCUUCAGUAUAUAAAGUUUUCGUUAUAAAUUUUGAUACAUUGCCCUGUAGCUUGAGAAUCUGUUAUGGACUCUCCAUUUCAUCAUGAGAAGCUAUGUUUGGUCAUGGUUUCUGACCUAGUAACUUGUUUGUAGUGCACCAUUUUCACGAUAGAUUGCUUAAGAAAGGCCAAGGCCGAAUAGAGCAAGGCUUAGAAAAAGCUUGGUCCAUGUUCUGUGCAAAAACUUCCAUUAUUUUUCUGUUUCUUGCUGAUUUUGGUAUGAAAGCUAAGAUUUUUUUGGACA